AUGGCGGAGUAUGACACUGGCACCUCUUUCAACUGUGAAGUGAAGAGUGGAUCAUCAAAAAUUGACAACUUCUUCCCCAAUAGCAAUAUUUUUAAGUUGUAUCAGUGUGACAACUCAUUUCCAGAAAAUGAAGAGUCUGUGGAAAUUAAUCUCAAUGAUAUUGGAGAGGAUUCACUCUCCGACUCCCCUUUCCUCAUGGAGUGUUCACCAAAUUUUAACAAUGAAGGGGAUGCCAACUGCAGCUCGACAUCGAGCAGUGCUUCGGAGACAAGUGAGCCGCCCAAUGUCAGUGCACAUUAUCACCGUUGUCAUGUGACAUCUCCACCCAGUAUAAUUGCCUCUCCCGAAGAGGUGUAUCUCGAAGCCGUGCAAGGGAAUAAUAUUAGUGAGGCGACAAGUUGUGCUUGUCAAUUGCGUCAAUGUGAAAAGUUGUCCGAGUGCAAGAGUCGCCAUCAACCUGCCAAGUGGACUCCUUGCGAUGAGCGAACUCCUAGAAAACCGCGUAUUGCGGCUAAGAGAACUCUACUACAAAUCUCUAUGACACCUGAGAAGAAAAGUUGGUGUCCAUCUCAGGAUGCCUUAGAGACGAGUAAAAAAUCCUCCCCUGGUACACGCUCCAGCCCCUAUCACACGAUCCGUCCCUCGGAUGCAGGCUAUGACACCUUCAUUGACAACGAUGUCUCCGAGGCAUACUGCUCGUCAGUGCCCUCCUCAAGUCCAAAUCCUUCGUCUCGAUAUUCUAUUGGGUCGACUAACAGAUCGUGCUCAUCGUGUAGGUACCUUGUAAAGCGCAGCCGCUCUGGCAGAUCCUUGAAAGAACCUCUACUCAUCAAAGUUGACAAAUGUGAUAGUAGUUUCAAGGUCAAUUUUGAACUUUCACCGCCCUCCAAUGGGUGUCGGAAAAGGCGUUCUGAUGGGGAGAUUUUGUGCCGUGAUAGAGGUCAUAGUGAAACUACCCAUGAAGUGGAGAGUUCAUACACAGACAGCGGAUUUGACUCGUUGGUGCAUUCAAAGGUCGGAUUUCGAAGCAGACUUAAAGACGAGUCGAAGAAUUGUUUUACCGGAGCCAGUAAUUCCGAGUGUCAAGUGAUUACACGAACCAAAUCCUGUACUGAAGAUUUGAAUUUCUGUUGUCGACCCUGUAAGGGAAGAGCUGGCACCAGACUGGGACAGGGCGAGCCGUGCUAUCGACAAUGCUCGUGCUCUCCCACGGUGGGAUGCAUUUGUACGUCGAAUACGUGGUUUUGCACCAACUUCACCCCCAAAGUGCGCGACAAUUGCGUACAAACACUGUCUGAUGCCGAGAAACGACAUCAAUGGGUUCAGUGUGUUGAGUUGUCCUGUCAAUCGACUGACCAAUGCUGUCAAACACCCGUCUCCUCUUGCAGCGUGGAAUUUGAGUGUCAGCCUCAGGUGAAACAGAAUCCAUGCAAAGGCUGUCGUCCAUGCUCAAGCUGUUUCACUCCACGCAACUGUUCUGCCGCCAUUCCUCGAUGGAGGUCUGCCAUAGCGGAAAAGGGCUCGCCCUGCUACGAUGAUGAUGCCUUCUCCAUGGAGUCCAUUUAUGUGGUGCCUGAAAAGAAACCCACCAAUGAUGAAGAGAGCAGUCAUUGUGAAAGUGCUGUCAGUCAUUGUGAAGUGGAUGUUGAGGUUGAUCAAGAGGCGACACCAGUUUUUCCCGACGACACCGACACAUCCACCAUCUCCUCAAGCAUACUGCGACUUGGUUUAGCUGCAGCCACCUCUUCACGAUACAUCACACGGGAGAUAUUGAUGAAAAAAUGA